AGGCGCCCGCCCGCCGCAGCCGCCGCCGGCCUCGUCAGUCCCCGCCCCGCGGCGCUCGCGCUCCCUCUCGCCGCCCGCCCGCCCGUCCUUCCUCCCCUUCGUCCGCUGGGGCCGCCUGCCGCUGGGAGCCGAGCCGAGUCCCGCUCGUCUUCCUCCUCCUCCUCCUCCUCCUCCGCCGCCGCCGCCGCCAUGAGCUUCUUGUUUGGUAGCCGCUCUUCUAAAACUUUUAAACCAAAGAAGAAUAUUCCAGAAGGCUCUCACCAGUAUGAGCUGCUGAAACAUGCAGAGGCCACUCUUGGAAGUGGCAACCUACGGAUGGCUGUUAUGCUGCCUGAGGGUGAAGAUCUAAAUGAAUGGGUUGCAGUGAACACUGUGGACUUCUUCAACCAGAUCAACAUGCUUUAUGGGACAAUUACAGACUUCUGCACAGAAGAGAGCUGCCCAGUGAUGUCUGCAGGUCCAAAAUAUGAGUACCACUGGGCAGAUGGGACAAACAUAAAGAAGCCAAUCAAGUGCUCAGCACCAAAGUACAUUGAUUACCUUAUGACAUGGGUUCAGGACCAGCUGGAUGACGAGACACUCUUCCCAUCCAAAAUAGGUGUUCCUUUCCCAAAGAACUUCAUGUCGGUAGCUAAAACGAUCCUAAAGCGUCUCUUCAGAGUUUAUGCUCACAUCUACCACCAGCACUUUGAUCCAGUCAUUCAGCUGCAAGAAGAGGCACAUCUCAACACAUCCUUCAAGCACUUUAUCUUUUUUGUUCAGGAAUUUAACCUUAUAGACAGAAGAGAACUUGCUCCACUUCAAGAAUUGAUUGAAAAACUCACUUCAAAGGACAGAUAAGCAGAAAAACCCACCCAACAUCUUGCAUCUGUGGAGGACUAAGGACAGCAUGGGGGUUGACCACUUUCUUCUUUGUUGCUUGCAUUUGUUCUUCAAACAUUCAACUUUCCUUUAGAUUAGCCAGCCUGAUUUUGAUGAUCAAGGGAGGUCAAACUGUACUGUAAGCUUUCUUACCCAUAUAAAUCAGUAUUCCUCUUGCCAGAGCAUCAAGAGGAAACAAGGGGAAGUUGUUUACGGAGAACAACGGUGGUGUUAACAAGGAUUUUAAAAAUACUUUUAAAUCCACCAUAGUCAUUUUAUUGCGAGUGGCAGAAAUCUCACUUGAUGUACAAGUGUGGGCUCCUUAGUUGCAAACUGCCUCAAUCCAUUUAUCGUAUGGAACACUUGCCAUUCCAUUCAUCCUGAGCGCAUGGUCCCACUGCAAUCCUUAACUGUACACCCAAAUGCAGCAGUUUUCAUAUAUGGCACACAGUACCACUUUUUCAUGUUUUUAGAUUUCUCGGUUUACUUUUACUCACACAAAUUUCGUAUUUUUGUCACUCUUUGUUUCUUCCCCUCCUUUCAGUACCUUAUAACCAAGCACCUAGAUAACCAUUACCUGUGGGUUUGUGGAUGUUUUUGAUAGCACGUUGGGAAACCCAAGACUUUUCAUUCUUAGAAGUUCAGAACAUGAGCUGUCUCUGAUUCCCACAUGUUCAUAUAAUUGUCAGGUUUUAUUCAGAGUUCUAUAUACAAUCAGAUCUUUCUUGCACAUUUGCAACUUGCCACUUCUCUGAUUAUAUAGUGUUAAAUCUAAAUUAUUAUUUUUUUGCUGAUGCAACAUACUCUUCAGAUGUUCUUAAACCAAUUUGCACAGAAUGAUUUAAAACAGAGUUUUGUGUAGUAUAGAGAUAGUCUUCCUUGGGUGAAAUUGAUCUGAAUCUGCAAAUUCACAAAGUGAUAUCUUAUUGAGUAUGCAUUUCAGACAUAAGCUGUGUGCCCAUGCAUGCCCCUUUUUAAAAUCUUGUGUGCACAACACCUUCCCAUAGCAUGUUUUUUUGCAGUAUAUGUAAGCUACAUAUGCACAAUGUGUGUUUUAAGCACUGCAUUAUCAAGUAUUCAACACGCUCUUGAGUCUUGAAUUAUUUGUAACUCAGUCAUAAAAGAAAAAACAAGAAAUGCCAUGAACUCAUCUAGGCUUACUUCACCUUGAUAAUUAGGUAGCCCUUGCUUAUUGUACCCAAUGUACAUUUUGCAUGGAGCACCAUAAUUCUGCAUAUAGAUUUAGCAAAAUAAAUGAUCAGCAGUUUGGGUACUACUUAAUAUGCACACUCGGUAUUACAUAUGCUAAUCUUUUAUGGUAUUACACAUGCUAAUCUAUGUCCAGGCUUGAUUUUAUAGAAGUCAGGCUUACCAUUCUGAGAUCAAAUAUUCAAAUAGAUGUUUGAGGACCUUUUUUAAAAAUUGGAAUUUACAGACAGCAGUUUAUAAAGAAGGAAGUUACUAUUUAAAUGUUUCCCACUGAUGAGCAAUUUCAGUCCCUUGAAAUAUUACUUUAAAACACACAUACACAGUUUUUAGGGACUGUUGUGAACUUUCUAUAAGGUAAGUCUGUUCUAUAAAGGUAUAAUAAGAGUGUAUUAAGUUUCAAAUGCUCGUAGGGGCGAUAAUUUGGUUUGCUUUCGUUUGCUGACUUCUUGGUUGGAUAAUAAAAGGCUGGAGAUCACUGUCUGAGAGUGCUUUUAGUUAAACUCUGCUGAUUUCAUUCGACUUGAAAAUGAAAACACUGAAGAUAUCUCUUUGUAUUGAACACAGAGUAUCUCUUUGUAUUGCAUUGGGAACUUUUAAAUUUUUGGGUGAUGGCCUUGAAACACAAAAAUAUAUACUAUUUUUACCAGUGCAUUCAAAUGUAAAUCCAGGUCUCCUUUAUUUUUUUCAUCUGACCAAGGAUCUUGAAAACUGAGUAUUUUUAAAUCCACCAAAUUAUAGUCUGGAUCUGGGUUUCAAUCUUGAAGGGGUACUCUGCUAAAUGCCAGGUUGCUUUUUUAUAUAUAUUAAACAUUGGAUAUUCAGGCCUAGGAAUAUAGUCACAGCCAGCCAUUGUAUUUUAACACUCUUUUACAUUGUUGAGGAAGAGCGAAGGAGCUUCAAAAGUCUGAACCAGUUUUAUUCUUAAUUUCAGCUUUCAAUGUGUUUCUUUGUUUUGGUGAUGGGGUUAAUAAUUUCAAGAGGUAACCUUCCUCAAUCUAAUGAGACAGGUAAAAUUAAUGGUCAUGGAAGUUGAUGCAAGUCCAUCAAAGCCAUUGUGUUGUGUUUUCUUAGGCCAGUAAACAAGAAUUUACAUUGUUAAGACAGAUUUUUUAAUUCUGAUCAUAGAAAUUGUAUGUCUGCUUUGCAUAUUCGUGUCAGGGAUCCAUGUUCAUUGCGUAAAUAUAAAAAUCUCCCACAAUAUUUUAGUGGUAACUCAGUUUUAGCAAGAAAGCUUUCAAAAGGAUAAAUAGGUCUUCUGUAAGUUCAUGUCAAGUUUUCUUUUACUGCUUACUAUGCAAUCUAGAACUCUGAAUAUUUGCAGUUACUUUUAAGGUAGAAAACCAGAGACUCUUUAAUCUUUUAGACCUGAAAUCUCCCCCUAAAGUUCCCUUUACAGGCAAAAGGCCAAUUUGCUGCUAUUGACUCUUCUUACCUUUUCAGAUUUUUGCUUUCUUUUCCUUGAGCUCUUGCCUUGAAUUGCCAUACAAAGUUUUUAAAAAACAAUCAGCUUGGGAGUGUCUUAAACCAGCUGACAUGUAUUCUUUCCCCUGGAAUACUAUAUUAUAGGUGAAAUUUCUUCUUUCAUAUUAAAUCAAAACAAAAAGGUGGACCUGCCAAUUUUUCAGCUGCAACAUUCCUAUGUUAAUAUGUUCAUUUCUUUCCAUUGCAUUUCUUUUAAUAGGUAACUAUUAAGGGUUUUCUAGACUGCAUCAAUAGAACCACUAGCCACCUUAGGAGUGAGAUACUUAAAUUUACGUAAAAGUUUAGUUGGCAUCUUAUUUCUGCCAGUUGUACACAUAGUUUCAUUUUUGAAGUACAGUUCCCUCCUAAAAUGGCAAAGUAAUUCAACUUUUGAAACUCUGUUUGCUUGGUUUUUUUCUUCUCCAAGAACACUGUCCUUUCAAUAGUUUUUUUCAUAGAUAACUGUAUUUUUAGGGGAAAUUAAUUUUUAUAGCCACUAAACUGUACUCAUUAUUUUUGUACAUGUAUAACUAGGUCAUUCUGGGAACACAAAUCUUUUGGAAGGCCAUUUGGUUCCAUUUUUGAAGACAUUUAUUCACAGAUGUUGUGUUUGCUAAAUAUUGCCAUAAAAAUCAAUACUUUUUAACUUGUAUUGUGAAAAUUAAAAGGCUUGAGUAAAUAUUACUCAUUGGUAAACCUGGUACAUGCAGACAGACCUGCCUAACUCUUACUAACUGGCAAAGCCUUAAGUGCAGUGGGGACGAUGACGACAGGAGACUAGAUAAAAUAUAGGACCACUUGCUUGUGCUCUCCUAACAGGGAACAUCCAGGAGCAUGGAGGUUUCCUGAUGUGCACUGCAGAGCACUUCUGCUAUGGCCACAGAUUCCUGCCUGAAUCAGGCUAGGUCUGUCCAACCAGCAUAAUCAAGCAGUCUAGCUUGCUGGACUGCACAACCUCAGGUGAUGGUAAGAAGGGGAAGGAGUUGCAUCAUUGUGGGGUUGGGCAGUGAGGUGAGGGAUUUCCUUGCAAAAGAAAAAGCAGCAUUUUGGGUAGAAUGCUUAAACUGCAAACCAUCUCCUAAAGGUGCUUUCCAUCUGUAAAAAGUUUAAGCUGUGGCAGGAGUAUUCACGCAUGCAGCUCUCUCUCUCCCCUUGGCAGCCAGAAGCAGUACAGGAAAAGCCUUACAAUUUAAUUGUUCUGAGUGCAUAAAUUGGUUCCCCCUAUACUUGAUUUUAUGCUGUAUCAGUCUUGCCUUCAUGUGUGAGCUCACUCAGUGACCCCUUCUCUAAACCUGGUGUUGGGCCUGCUUUUUGGAAGCAAGAAGGUAUUGCAGAUGUAACACUAUGAUGUCUGCUUCUUUUAAAUACUUCAAAAGCAGCUGGACAAAAUAGGCUUAAAAUAUAAAAUGCAACACAGAGACCUGUACUGUACGCAGACUGUGCCAAUAUUACUUCAGUUUGUAGUCAUUAUUGAUCAAUACUUGUUUUAAAUGAAAACAGCUUUUUGAUUUUUUAAAAAAGUUGAAUGUCUGAAAUUCUGCAACACAUGUAUUGGAAAGAUGUAAAUAAUGUAUACAGAUUGUUGUAAGUGAUGGGAUGAAAAAUAUAUAUAAAUUCUAGGCUUUUUCAGUAAGGAACUGAAUGCUGUUUAUAAGAAGAAAAAUAAAUAGCUAUGUUUGACCA